AUGUCACCCCGUGUUUCCAUGUUGUUCAUUCUGAACCUUCUGUUCUUGUUCGGAAAUGUUGUGGGUUCUUUGAACCCAAGGUUCCAAGCUUGCGAGCCCCAAACCUGCGGAAAUGGGCAAAACAUAACCUUCCCCUUUCAUAUCAAAGGUAAACAAGAGCCCUCCUGUGGAUUGCCUCAUUUCGGCCUUGUCUGUGCUUCCAAUGGCUUCCCAGUGCUCAAUCUCUCCAAUACUUUUUACAUCGUCGAUGAAAUUUUCUACAAUAAUCACUCUCUUCGGGUCUCCAACCCUAGCUUCCAACUCUCCAAUUCCACGAACUGUUUCUCCCCCUCCACCAACCUCACCACCAGCAUAAGGUUUACUUUGGCUCCGAACCAGAAGGAGGUGCUGCUGUUCUUCGGUUGUGACUUACCGUCGCUGGCGGAGGAGAUGAAAGCAAACGUAUUGGGUUGCUUUGAAGGGAACAGAACGAGGUGGGUGUUGGGUAUGGCGGUGAAUGACGAGGAGAAGAAGUUGAAGUAUGCGAAGGAUAAUUGCAGAGAUGGGUCGACGAUGAGGACGGUGGUGGAGAAUGUGGAAGGAGGGAUAAGAGAGGCUUUGAGAAGAGGAUUCUUGUUAAAGCAAAGGAAUUGGACGGUGAGCGGGUGCGACGCAUGCCAGAGCAGUGGAGGGACGUGCGGCUUCGACUUCGAUGCUAACGGCUUCAGGUGCUUUUGCCGCAAUAGCGAUCAGCUUGCCAGAUGUUCUUCUGGAGGUUUGCUCUCUGUAACGAUACAAAGUGAUUAA